UUCAGAGACGGUCGCGUUAAGUCAAGGAGUAAUUUUGAAAAUGCCUCCCAAAAAGAACAAUCCUCCAAAAAAGCAAAAGACGAGGGACAUCGCGUCAUUUUUCUGCACACCUGACAAAACUGACAGCAGUCGGUUGACAGCGACUACACAGCCAGGCGGAGCUACAGGCGGAGCUAAGAGCAGAGCUGAAGGGUCUGAUCCAGGUGGAGGAGCCAAAUUCUCUCAGCAAAGCGGAGGUGAAGGGUCCAAUCUAGGUGGAGCUACAGGCUCUCAGACACGCAGCAAAGUGAAGAACGAAAACGGUGUUGAUUUCCCGGUCCAACAUUUCAAUGUACAAUUCAGAACCAGAACUACUGGCAGUAAGAAAUUCAUGGUUGAAUGGGAUCAACCUUGCACCGUGCUGGAUGCACUAAAAUCAAAUAAAAUAUAUAAUGAGCUGACGUUUUCGGAUGAAAACAUUUUAAUUCAGCUGGGUAUAGCAAGGGCUUUAAUCAUUGCAACACAUUUUCCCUGUACUUGUAUCAGGAAUGGUGAGUCUCUGACUAUAUCACAUAAACAGGGAAAAGUUGAAGUGGCCCAAGACCAACAUUUUAAAACAAUACAGUCAAGGGACAAGUAUUCUGUCUUUUACAUUGACAAAGAGGGAGGAAAGAACACCAAACAAAAGAAGCUUUUUAGAAACAGUGCUGUCAAAGAGUUUAAGUAUCUGUGUGUCUAUGGGGAGAAGGGGAUGACUGUCAAAGAGGCUCUGAAAAGAGACGGUCGCUUCAUUGAUGAACUGGACAACUUCACUCUGUCUGACAAUGCGGAUCCAGAUUCCAGCAUUGAUUGCACUACCAAGGUUGACAGCCUAAAUGGAAGAAGUUUACAGUUGUGGCUUCAACAGCCACAACAGAGGUCUGACACAAAGCCAGCUGUAGAUGAAGCACAGCAGAGAAAAAUCAGAGCCGCGGUGGAAAAGAGAGGAAUCAGUGUCAGAGCAGCGAUGGAGAAGAGUGGCAACAGUGUCGACAACAAGGAGAUUUAUGAAAUACUGUGUCGCCAGUUUCCAGAUCUCAAACAAUGUAUGGAGAGUAGAUUCCCUGGUGAUUCUUUUCAGAAAGAAGUGAACCUGAGGAAGGGAAACUUUGGGAAGAUCCAACAGUCAUUCAGUGAAGUUCACAGAGUCAGUAAGCUGCUAAAAUGGGGCAUGUCAGUUUGCAAAGUGGUUGUUGAGGACUUUUGUGAGGGAACAGGCUUCGUGCUGUUUGACAACUUCAUCUUGACAAACGCACACCUAUUCGAAGAUUGUGUCGAAGGACAAAAGUUGAAGCAGGAUAUAGAUGUGUUGGUUUUGUUUGAAGAUCCUGAGCCAAAAUACUACCACUUCGAGCUGGCUAGCCGUAAAAUCUGCUACAGUUUUGGUGAUCUCGAUUAUGCCGUACUUGAGAUAAUGCCUGUGGGCGAAAACUACAACCUUAAAACAAAGAAAAUCACUAAAAUGAAGGUGCCACCAGGACUCCUGAAGAUUUUUGGUCCAAUGCCUCAGAAUGGUGAAGCCUGUUUAAUUGGUCACCCAGCAGGAGGAGUGAAAAAAAUGGAUCCUACCUGUGUCAUUGAGAAAGAGUACAAGGAUUAUCCAUUUACUCUCUGCGCUAUCAAUCAUGCGAUCAAAAAUGACCCCCAUGCAGAUCUUCUUGUGUUCUACAACACUUUCAUGUAUCACGGCUCUUCUGGCUCCCCAGUGUUUGAUGCUCAGGGCAGAGUUUUUGGUUUGCACACUGGUGGAUUUUUCUGUGGGUUUCCAAAAUCUGAAGAGAGUGUGAUAGAGUUCGCCCAACCUCUGCUUACUAUAUUUGAACACUUUGUGAGUACGCUGAAGGAAAGAGGAGAGGGUGAGGUGUUGGAGAGAGUUGAGAAAGAGGUGAAGGGAAACUCAGACCUAGAAAAGCUCUUUAAGCCUGAGGUUGAGCUGCAGGAAAGCAGACAGAUACACGAGGAUGAGCCAGCAGACCCUGAGGAGCUCCUGGAGUACAUUGAGACAAUGGAUAUUAAUUAAUUAUUCAGACCUUCAAAACGCAUCUGGCUGCAAAGGUUAUUUUAGAGUUCAUAAAAUCUUUAUUUUGACCAAAUGAUUAACUGACUCGUUGUCAUCACGAGAAAUUGUAAUGCUGCCCUGCUAUUUUUGUUUACCAAGUGUAUUUUUGGGGCUGUGAACUGGAUGCCAACAGGUUUUUACUCAACUUAUAACCCUCCUAUAACCAACACUUAUUUUAAUACUGUAUUCUAGACUAGAGGUCGACCGAUAUGGGUUUUCUCAGGCCGAUGCCGAUCUUUUGAAAUCAGGGUCGGCCGAUGGCCGAUAUACGUGCUGCCGAUUAUUUUUGCCCGCUAUUUGGCUGAUAUGUGCUUGUUUUAACCUCUAUUUGAAAGAUAAAAUUUAACACUAAUAAGUACUUAAGAUACACAAAAUUCUCAACAAAAACAUUUAUUGAACACUUGAACACCAAUUUGCACUUGUAUACUUACAUUAAACAUGUAUAAUGUAAAAACAUAUAUUGUAUAAAUAAACAAAACAGGUAAGAAGAAAAAAAAGAAAAUAAACUUUACUUUGUCAAAUAAACUUUUCAAUGAAAAGAUAGUUUAGUGCACUUAGCCACAUUUAUCAAACAUCUGAGAACAAUAAAAUUAACAAUUUUAACCAUUUUAACAAUAGUAGUGCUGACACACAACCAGCAGCAUUUCUUUUCAGCCAUCUACUCAUGACUAAAAAAGGUGGAAAAUACAAGGUUAAGUUAGUAUUUCUGUAUAGUAUCUUCUUCAAGUCAUUUUAUAGAUAGGUAUAGAUAGAAAAUCUAACAUUUUUUUUAUAAAUCAGCUAACAAUUCAGUGCAUUGUAAGUGAUACAAGGCUAAAAACGUUUCUAUCAUCUUCCCAAAAACUGUCCUGAAACAUGUAUUUUUGGUUUGUUUUGUUUGUUGACAGACAAAACCUAAUUAUCACAAAAGGGGGGAAAACA